AACAACCUCCAAUCGAAUUCACUGCUUAGCUCAGCUACCACGAUUAUACUAUGUACUAUAAGUAGUAAUUUAACCGAUUCGCUCUCGAUCCGGAGGGGAACAGUUUCGACAACAUCUGUGCGUAAUAACGCACACGUGCGCACGUCUAUUGACCAUCCGCGACUCUCGGGCACAGAUCUGCUACAAAUCGGUCGGAACGGAAUUUUUUAAUUAGAACAUUUUCUAGACGAUAGAUCGAUCGACGCGAGGGCACUUUUGGCAAUAUUUUUUUCUAUAGAUAUGCACGAGAAACGUGUGAAAUCGAGGGUGCACAGUUGCACGCGCAUCCUAGUAUAGAUGAAUACUUAACGAUAGCGAAUAGGGCUAGACGAGUUUAGUUGCGCGGCACACGUCGUCGGCACACCGAGGUCCGCUCGCGCAUACGUCGACCUGUACUACUGUGCACCGAGUCUCUCUCUCUCUCUCUCUCUCUCUCUCUCUCUCUCUCUCAACUUUCUUACGAUUCUGUCCCGUGUGUGCCACUCGGUUCCGAGACCGAGUGUUCGGAGAACGUUUAGGAACGAUAGAGUGGUGGUGGUGGUGAAUAAUGGUCGAUAUUCAGGCAUGGCAGAACGACUACUUGCGUGGAACAGGAAUGGAGAUGUACACGGAAACACUGAGCCCGACGUUCAUCGGGAUGCCGUUCGCUAAAGCAACCGAGUUGUGCUUCACCAAACUGAAGCUACUGUUGCUGGCGAUCGAGAUAAAAGGAGAGGCCGGCGGUGGCGACAGCAAGAUUUCUAUUAAUCCGCGUGGAGCUAAAAUCGUGGCCAACACUCAGGGAUUCUUCAUUGCUCAAUCGGCCGACGAGGUGAAACGGGCCUGGUUCUACUGCAAAGCCUGCCACGAGGAGAUAAAGGACGAAACGUUAAUAAAGAAGUGCAAAUGUAAAAAUUUGGGGCAGCAGCAACGCUCCUGGGGCCGAGAUUUAGUGACCACGUUCAGGAAAGGCGUACGAGCCGUUCAAAUGGUCGGAAGAACAAGCGAAGACUUCUCUUACGCAAACGACCACCACCCUCCCCCAACCUUCACUCCGCCAGAACUGCCCAAGAUGGUUCACGUAAGAGGUGAGAGUCGCGACCGAGACGAUCCGAACGUGAUGAGAAAUCAUCGAAACUCCUCCGUCGGGAUGACGAUGAUGAACUCGACGAAACAAGUGAACAAAGUGAAACCUAACGUCAAUCGAAUGACGAACGAUAGUCUAAGCAGUCCUAAUCAACCAUACAAUCAACGGUCGCAAGAGGAGUCGUCUGGAUAUCCUGGCUACCAUCUCGCCUACGAAGUUAAAAAGCUCAUGCCGACUAGUAGAGGAUCAGGAGGAGGUAACGUGAACAACAACGGGGGCCUCCAAGUGGGGAUCGCCGAUGACCAGGCCAAGGACUUUGACUUCGAGAAAACUGAAAUGAAGUACGACUCUACGGGCAUGUUCCAUUGGAGCCCGUCGAGGAACCUCGAAGACUGUAUUCUGGAUAGGAACCAGGCGGCUAUGACCGUUCUAAACGGUCACGUAGUCGUCUGUUUAUUCGCCGACCCGGAUUCACCGCUCAUCGGUCUCAGGAAUCUGGUGAUGCCUCUAAGAGCAUCGAAUUUUCAUUACCACGAGCUGAAGCACGUGGUGAUCGUCGGCUCUGUCGACUACAUACGACGGGAGUGGAAAAUGUUGCAAAACCUGCCCAAGAUAUCCGUGCUCAACGGUUCGCCGUUGAGCAGAGCGGAUCUACGCGCCGUUAACGUUAAUUUAUGCGAUAUGUGCUGCAUUUUGUCGGCUAAAGUGCCUAGUAACGAUGACCCAACCCUCGCCGACAAGGAAGCUAUCUUGGCAUCCCUGAACAUCAAAGCGAUGACUUUCGACGAUACCAUCGGUGUCCUGAGUCAAGUUGGCAGCCCCAUUGUUUUACAGCGACGUGGAUCCGUCUACGGUGCCAACGUCCCGAUGAUAACAGAGCUGGUGAACGAUAGCAACGUACAGUUCCUCGACCAGGACGACGACGACGACCCGGACACAGAAUUAUAUCUCACCCAGCCUUUCGCCUGCGGCACUGCCUUCGCUGUCAGCGUUCUCGACUCUCUAAUGUCAACAACCUAUUUUAACCAAAACGCAUUGACCCUCAUACGAUCCCUGAUCACCGGAGGAGCUACCCCCGAGUUGGAGUUGAUCCUAGCCGAGGGGGCUGGCCUGAGAGGUGGUUACAGUACGCCGGACAGUUUGGCUAAUAGAGAUAGGUGCCGAGUCGGACAAAUAGCGCUGUACGACGGGCCGUUGGCUCAGUACGGCGAAGGAGGGAAGUACGGCGAUUUGUUCGUCGCCGCGUUAAAGUCGUACGGGAUGCUAUGCAUUGGACUGUACAGGUACAGGUUUCGAGACACGAGCUCGUCGUGCGACGCCUCGUCGAAACGAUACGUGAUCACAAACCCGCCGGACGAUUUCACGUUACUGCCCACAGACCAGGUGUUCGUGCUGAUGCAGUUCGACCCUGGCCUGGAAUACAAGCCGAGCAGAGGCAACCGCGGCAAGGACGACGCCUCCUGACUGUUGCUGUGUAGCGCCCUGACCGACGGACCCUACUCCUACAUCUAAAGAUCAUCCUUAAAUCUGAUCCACAGAUCGAAGAUCGACCGAGGUCGAUCGAGGACGAAGGAAUUAGAACUCCGCAGAAGAAGCCUGGAACCCUCCCGUGAGCCCUUUUUGAAACGAGCGAAGGACACACGGGUUGAACACACGAAACAAGUGGAAUCUGGAAGGAGGGCGAAGAGGAGGAUCGAGAAAGGGCUGACGGGACUGAAGUCGAGACAAUGGAUGAGACGGUCCGAGGGUAGCUACACACACACUCAACGAAUCAUUAUUAUUUAAAAGAAACGAAAGAAACAUAAAUUAUAUAAUAUACGAUAUUGUAUAAUCUUCGAAAGGAGAAAAUGGACUGAAGAAGAAACUAUAUGAAUUCUAGAGAGCGAGACUAAUAACAAGAGGAGAACGAGACG